CGAGCCCGCGGCCCCCGCCCGGGGCGAUGGAGCCGGAGCCCGGCGGGGCGGCCGCUGCGCUUCUGCGGCAGAAGAGGGCGGCGCUGCGGCGCAGGGGGUGCAGCUUUGAGAGCCCCAGCUCAGCACUCCAGCCUCCAGGCCCACCGAUGGACCCGCUGACCAAGGGGCCCUGCGGGAGUCAGAUGGCACAGACUCUUCUAUGGAAAGCCAAGUCCUCUCUCUCCUUUGGCAUCCCGCCUCUUCAGAUGUGGCCAACAAAAGACCCUGAAGUAGAGUCCCAGGUCAAUCUCUCUGUCUCGGAAGACCUAGGCUGUAGACGUGGGGAUUUCAGUAGGAAACAUUAUGGAUCUGUGGAGCUGCUUAUUUCCAGUGACGCCGAUGGAGCCAUCCAAAGAGCUGGAAGAUUCAGAGUGGAAAAUGGCUCUUCAGAUGAGAAUGCAGCCGCCCUGCCAGGUACGUGGCGAAGAACAGACGUGCACUUAGAGAACCCGGAAUACCACACCAGAUGGUAUUUCAAGUAUUUCUUAGGACAAGUCCAUCAGAAUUACAUCGGAAACGAUGCAGAGAAGAGCCCCUUCUUCUUGUCCGUGACCCUUUCUGACCAAAACCAUCAGCGCGUCCCUCAGUACCGUGCAAUUCUUUGGAGGAAAACCGGUACCCAGAAAAUAUGCCUUCCAUACAGUCCCACAAAAACUCUCUCCGUGAAGUCCAUCUUAAGUGCCAUGAACCUGGACAAAUUUGAGAAAGGCCCCAGAGAAAUUUUUCAUCCUGAGAUCCAAAAGGACUUGCUGGUCCUUGAGGAACAAGAGGGCUCUGUGAAUUUCAAGUUUGGGGUUCUCUUUGCCAAAGACGGGCAGCUCACUGAUGAUGAGAUGUUCAGCAAUGAAAUUGGAAGCGACGCUUUUCAAAAAUUUUUAAAUCUCCUGGGUGACAAAAUCACCCUAAAGGGCUGGACAGGCUACCGCGGCGGUCUGGACACCAAAAAUGAUACCACAGGGAUACAUUCGGUUUAUACCGUAUACCAAGGGCAUGAGAUCAUGUUUCACGUUUCCACCAUGUUGCCAUAUUCCAAAGAGAACAAACAGCAGGUGGAGAGGAAGCGCCACAUUGGGAAUGACAUCGUCACCAUCGUGUUCCAGGAGGGAGAGGAGCCUUCUCCUGCCUUCAAGCCUUCCAUGAUCCGCUCCCACUUCACACAUAUUUUUGCCUUAGUGAGGUAUGAUCAGCAGAACGACAAUUACAGGCUGAAAAUAUUUUCAGAAGAAAGCGUACCACUCUUUGGGCCUCCCUUGCCAUCCCCACCGGUGUUUACAGACCACCAGGAAUUCAGGGACUUUUUGCUAGUGAAACUAAUUAAUGGUGAAAAAGCCACUUUGGAAACCCCAACAUUUGCCCAGAAACGUCGACGUACUCUGGAUAUGUUGAUUCGAUCUUUAUACCAGGAUUUGAUGCCAGAUUUGCAUAAGGUAACCCCGGUUUGGGGCCACGUGGGUCACUGUUGCAGGCAGUGGACUGUACGUUUCCAUCUGACGGGCCGUGGAAUAUUCUUUCCAGUGCGCUUAUUCUCUGAUGCUUUUGUUACCUCGCAGCCUUGGGAGCCCCAGUGUUUCUGCAGUAAUUUCCCUCACGAAGCCGUGUGUGCGGAUCCCUGGGGCCAGGCCUUGCUGGUGUCCACUGAGGCUGGCGUCUUGCUAGUGGAUGAUGACCUUCCGUCGGUGCCCGUGUUCGACAAAACCCUGCCAGUAAAGCAGAUGCAUGUGCUGGAGACCCUGGACCUUCUGAUCCUCAGAGCGGACAAAGGCAAAGACGCCCGCCUCUUUGUCUUCAGGCUCAGCGCCGUGCACAAGGCCAUCGAGGGCACACAGGCCGUGAGGGGCAAGUGCGACUGCAGGGACAACAAGCUGGAGAAAACGAAAGGCUGCCACCUGUACGCCAUCAACACUCACCACAGCAGAGAGCUGAGGGUCGUGGUCGCCAUCCGGAAUAAGCUGCUCUUGAUCACGAGGAAGCACAGCAAGCCAGGCGGGGUGGCCGGCCCCUCGCUGCUGUCCCCCCUGCCCGAGUCCCCUGUAGAGGAGUUCCAGUACAUCAGGGUAGGUCUGCUCUUCAGAUCUCCUCUCCGGGCGGACGUGUCCUCCACCCGGAGCCUGUCAACCACUGGGGCUGUCUCACACUCCGUCACCAGCUGGGGAAACCCUCGUCUGCUGCCCCAGUUUCCCCAGAGGACUGAACAGGCUGGACGGCUUUCCCCCCGCUCCAUCCAGCCCGUUCAUGCCAACACCGAGGGCCUGGGGGAGGAGCUGGCCCAGAUCUCAGAAGUGGGACUUCUGGCGCCCGUUCUCCUGUGUCGCACUGCCUCCCUCCGAGCGCAGGAGAGCCAGAGAAUAGAAGCGGAGACCCGCCACUAUGGUUUCCAGAUUGUGACCCCCUCCACGACCGAGGCAGGGAAAGCCCAGCGCAAGUGCAGAGCGGUUAAUUUUGUGGCAGCUAUCGAUGUGUACGAAGACGGAGAGGCCGGGCUGCUUUUGUGUUACAACUAUAGUUGCAUCUAUAAAAAGGUUUGCCCAUUUAAUGGGGGCUCUUUUUUGGUUCAACCCUGUGCGUCAGAUUUCCAGUUCUGUUGGAACCAGGCUCCUUACGCAAUUGUCUGCGCCUUCCCAUACCUCCUGGCCUUCACCACUGACUCCAUCGAGAUCCGCCUGGUGGUGAACGGGAACCUGGUCCACACAGCGGUCGUGCCGCAGCUGCAGCUCGUGGCCUCCAGGUCGGACAUCUACUUCACCGCAGCCGCGGCGGAGCCUGCGGCCUCGUCCGGAGGCAGCUCCAAGGGGGCCAGUGCCCACAGUUCUCCUCAGACACCCCCGGGCCGAGCUGCUCCGCUGUUUCCUUCUUCCCUGGGGGAAGGUGAAGCUCAGUCCAAAAACCUGUACAAGAUCCCACUCAGAAACCUGGUGGGCAGAAGCAUCGAACGACCUCUGAAGUCGCCUUUGGUCUCCAAGGCCGUCACCCCGCCCACGUCCAUCAGCCUUGGCAUCGCGGCCAUCCCUGUCACUCACUCCCUGUCCCUGUCCCGCAUGGAGAUCAAAGAAAUAGCGAGCAGGACCCGCAGGGAGCUGCUGGGCCUCUCUGACGAAGGCGGACCCAAGUCAGAAGGAGCGCCAAAGCCCAAAUCAAAAGCCCGGAAGCAAUUAGAAGAAAGCCAAGGAGGCCCCAAGCCAGAGACAGCGAGAUCGACUAGCAGCGACAGAAUCACAUCAGCCUCCUUGGAAAGUCCUUCUGCCUCAGAAGCCAACCCCGAGGGGCGCUACUACUCGACGGGCCCCGAGCAGGACCCUGUGGCGGACAGAGAAGGCAGCCCCGUGUGGGGCAGGAGCCCCUUCCAGCUCACAGCUUCCUCGGAUGAAGACAUUAUCGACCUGAAGUAAUGGGUCGGGAUCGAGUUUGCCAUCUUUAAUUUUCUUACAGAGGUUUAUACUCUUUAACCAGUUCUGACAGCGUUUCUCGACCAAACGUGGCUUUUAGCCCACCCUGAUCUACUGGACCAAACCUUCUGCAACACCUGCCGGUUUGUGUCCCUCCAAUGUCCGGUGCCAUCUCUCUUGACCUUUGUUUCUUUCUGUUCGGGAACCAUCAGUCCCCUUGUAAUAAAGGUGGUAGAUUUCAUUGAGGUUUUAGAUCAAAACUUUGAAUAAAUCAAAAAUAUUCAUUCUUA